AUGUUGCUGCUACACACUCGACACAGUGGGACGCUUGUGUGCUUGGCCCUCAUGACGGAGGAUGUGAUGGUCUCGGCGUGUUAUGCUGCGACCAAUUUAGUGGGCUUGAUCAAGACCAUCAACUUCGUCAUGAUGACUUCCUCCAACAUGCUGGCCGCCACCAACCUCGGGAUCUGCAUCAACCUCGCCCUCAUCGUUUCGUCUCACCGGACCAUGACUCGUGUGAAAACGGUCAGCUCGCCCAGGGUUCUUUUCAUAAUGCUGCUAGUCUCCGCGUCUCUCGCGGCCGCUACGGUGCCCCUGUGGGAGACGACAGUCGUCCUUGGAACCCACUUCUGGUUCACCAACUCGGACCCGGUCAAAAACGACUUCAUCAUCAUGUCCAUCUACAUCAUCGAGUUUCUCGUCGGGAUCUGCAUGUUGGUGAUCGUGUUCUGGCUGGCGAUGUUCAGGAUGACGGAGAUCAAGGAGUGCUGGAGGUUUCACUCCCGAAUCCGCUACUACUUCUGCCUGACUCUGUUUGGCACUGCAGUCAACCUUGGGCUAGGAAUCUGCGGCGCGGCUUAUGUUUUUGGCGAUCGAAAGGAGCCGCUCCCACAGAUUUGGUCCUGGCUCUUCAGGUACAUUCACAUCUCGUUCGACACGCUUGUCCUGUACGGCGCGCUCCGUGAGGGAAGCAUCGAUGAGCGUGCCGAAGCAGACCGUUCGUCUCAAGACGGCCACGGCCACAACGCGUCUGGGCUCGCAAGGAAUGGUGAAUUGUCCUCCAAGCCCGGGCGUAGCGGCCGUUAUGAGCAAGCCCACCGCAAGAACAAACUCGCCACUAGCCAAGAUCGGUUCGUCUAGCAUGUUUGGUGUACACUACGUACCGGAUCGACCGUACGCUUCCCUCCUUCAAGCCACCCGCGAAACGCCGUGCGGGCUGGCUGGGAGAAGCAGUCAGUGACCACUACUGCUGCUGCUGUUUUCGGAGUUUUAUGGUGUUUCGCUGGCAGGAAUCCCAUGGACAUUCAUUUACCUACGAGAAGUCAGCACGCACGCCCGUUUUUUUCACCGUCUUGUCCUGUGUUUGACACCUGACGUUAUUGUCUCGCGUCUUCUCAUGCUACGUCGAAAAUCGCGGCGGAGGUGACAGCAUUACCAAGUCAUUGCACGUGAGUGAUAUUGACCCAGGCGUAUUGUUCGUGCGCAAAAAGCGUCUCUCCACGUUGACUCAAUACCGGUGAUGCAGUUAAUUGGUUUCCAGGUGAUCAGCAUGGGGGUGAGUCGAAUAUCCUGGUCAAGAUCCACACAGUAGCCGAGAGCAUCAACCAGGGUGGCCUAAAACUUGUUACUUGCUAGAUGAUGCGGGCCGUGGGGGUUGACCGCGUGUUGUGAACAAGUGGUCUGUGGUAUUUAAUAUCGCUACCCUUGUUAGUUCUAUAUUGAUGGCAAUCGGUUGUCGUAGUUCUUGUUACUUGAGAGUAGGAGCCAAGGAGACCUUUGCUUCCAUUGUGACGUGCUUGCCUGAAUUUGGAAGCGCACCGUGCUGUUGUUAUGUGGAUCGAACGUGCUUGUUGCGACAAAGGGAGGGACUCGAGGGUCACCUGGUACCAAUAUCCGAGUGCCUACUUGCAUACAAACACGACUAUGUAGCAGCACUAGCUUCUAUUUGCACAGAGUUUCACACCGUCGGUCUGUUCAGUGUGAUAUUAUUCUUGUUUGUGUUGCACCUCUUUUGUGCACAUGAAGUAGGAAUGCCGCAGCCGUAAGGGCAGCAGCAGACGUAGCAGUAGCAGCAGCAGCAGCAGCAGUGUUCCAGAAGCUGUUGUUGCGUAUACCGGUACGAUUUGACGUGCCUGAAUUUGUGUACAGAUCUAGGAAGCCCUCUGUGUAAUGUUUUCGUCUCCAGUCAACGGAGGGUGCUUGAGGUACUAUUGAUAUAAUAAUACCUCCAUCAGCACAUCAUCUUGUUGCAUUGAUAUAUGAAAAAUGCAUUUGUAGACAACAUAGGACAUUGAAGGGCCCCGACGGCCCUAGUGGGCGGCGGGGCCGGAAUCGCGAACCGAAGGUGGGUAGGGGAGUGAAGAGAACGUGGAAGGAAAACAUGGACAUCAUUGAUUGCAGCAUGGUGACAAGUGUGUACUUCGAAGUAUCAGUCAAUGGAGGAGGUAAAAGGGUAGAGAGGGCAAAAUGAGAUGCUAUUUGGAUCUAGAGAUGCCCAGACAUGAGCGAGUGUGUGGGCAGCGGUUGAUGGGACCGGCCACAAUGUCGUAUUCAAACUUUUCAUUGAUGUGUUGUGUGUGUUGAACAUUUGUUCAUUGGGUAUGCCUGCAUCACCGAUGUAGACUACAAUGUAUGUACGGAGCAAGGGCGCACAAGUUUUUUUUCCUGCACCCCCUCCUCGGGUACGUUUUUUUUUCGUGGUACAUUUUUGUCAAGCUUUUUGUUGACUUUCUCCCUCUCCGUUGCGUGUGCUUGCCGUGUGUGCUGGUUUACGGCACGCAUUGAAGCGCCAAGAAGGUAUUGUACCAGGCUUCUGAAGUAGUUGUUCGAGAUUGUUCAUGGUGUGUUCAUCCGGCGCCGGAAUAUUGCUACUUCGCCAGUGAUAGCUAUGAUGGGCUAGGGGCACUUCUGGUUGGUUUUCAAGUCUUGAAGUACAAAGUCAAAGUGCUUGGGAACAACCCCACAAGCUGAAUUAACCCAGAACUUCUCGAUGCUUCUGCGACAAGUCCGCGACACUUUGGCCUUGGGCGAAUAUGGCGAAAUAACACAAGCAAAUGACACACCAGAACCAUACACGACACAUAAUAUUAACCAUGCGUGAAACGCCAUCAAUCCAACCAUAUUACUCAAGCCGGCAACAUUCCGGAGA